CCUGUCUACUUAGCAAUCCUUGGACGGGUCUACAAUGUCGAUAAAGGAAGAAAACAUUAUGGAAAAGGAGGAGGAUAUCACUUCUUCGCUGGACGCGACGCUACGAGAGCGUUCGUAAGCGGCGAUUUCACAGAAAGCGGGUUGGUCGAUAACACCGAUGGACUUUCUCAUGAAGAUUUGUUAGGAAUUCGUGAUUGGAUAUCGUUUUAUGAGAAAGACUACAAAUUGGUUGGUGUUCUUGUUGGUAGGUAUUACGAUGCUAGUGGGAAUCCAACGCAAGAGCUGCGGGAUGUAUUAGCUCGUAUGAAAACGGCAGCCGAAUGGAAAGCUUCCAGAGCAGCCGAGGCGGAGGUUUUUCCGCCAUGUAACAGCGAGUGGCACCAAAAUAGUGGUGGUCGGGUAUGGUGUUCAAUGAAGAGUGGCGGUAUACAGCGAGAUUGGGCAGGGGUGCCAAGGUUGCUUUAUGAUCCAAACACAAAGCAGCAGCGAUGUGCCUGUGUGAAGAAUUUCGGUCCGGGUUUAUCGCCUGCUGGAGCUAAAGGGAAUAAUCGAGGAGAUCUUGACCAUCCAAAUCUGAGGGUAAACUCUUCACUCUUUGGUCUUUUUUACCUCCAGAAGGAUGCAUGA